UCCGCGCCCUCCCAGGGAAUCCGGCGCAAUUCCUCCCGGUGGACACGGCAGCAAAACUUCGGGGACUAUCAACAAAUAUCCAGCCGCCGAAGAGGACGAAAACAACCCCGGGAUCCCGGAUGAGAGGACAGGGGGCAGAGGGAGGUGGAAAAAGUCGGUGGGCAGCCCUGGCAGUAGAGAAUGGAGAGCCACCGGAACUUUCCUGGUGGCCACCCUGUCCCCAUUUCAGGAGAGGAGACCAUGCUGCCUGAUGAACCCAAUGUGUUUCCCCAAACCUGCUCCUGGAAGCUGCCCAAGUAUGUGGGUUUACUCACCCUAUUCCUGUCCCUCACUUCCUGCCAAACAGCAAGCAGUAACUACAUGUAGCUUGCCCACUUGUCUCCAUUCCCACUCCCCAUCCCUGAUCCCAGCCUCAUCUUUCUCUUGUCUCCACACUGCAGUGCUCCUAGGCCCUGAAAUUAUAACCAUUUUUCUGCCAAUGCAAACAUGCUUACCUACGCAUACAUAUAUGUAAAACACUUAGAGCAGCUCCUGGCAGGUAGGAAGGAUUAUGUGUUGGCCGACACCAUUUUGUUAUGCUUGAUAUCAUCAUUAUCUAUUUUCAUUUAUUUUAAGUCAAGAUCUUUGGGAAGCUGACUUUGAGCCAGGCCUACAGGGAAGUUUAGAGUAAGACAUGCAGAACUGGGCAGAGGGGGGAAUUAAACUGUGAUGCAGUUAUAUAGAGGCCUCAGACUAUCUGACUAGGAGCACUGAGACUGGGGUGGCUCUUCCAAGGUGGUCUCUGUCGAGGCAAGGGUACCAGAGAGACUCAGCUGUGACACCUCAGCAACCUACACUCCUGGCAGCUAGGGCAACAGGUGGCUUUGUCCUGAAGGGUGGAUUUGGGUGGUAACCAGCUUCCACUAUAUUAUUACUACCCUGUGGUUCUCUCCAUGGCCCCCUUUAACUCUCAAGACAAACAUAGGUUUCAUAGCCCUUCUACCUCUCUGUCACUACCACCCAUCAUACACCUUCCUCACAAUAGCCUGUAGCCUCUCAGUCCUCUGCAGAUGUGCAACCCUCCUCUGAGGGGACAUUGGCACAGUUUCCCUACUGUGAUGUUGUCUGCACCCGUAUUUGCACACCCUGCUCUCCACCCCUGUUUGGGGCCCUCUAGUUCACGUCUGUGUCCUGAGCACUAAGGGGUCCUAUUUGGGCUGGUCAGGACUCAAUGGUUACAGGGAGUACACCCCCUCCCCCCAAGGAAGUGGUGCCCAGCCCUCCCUACACCAUCCCACAAUGCAGAUGCUCUUUCCUGUUGGGAAUAAAGGGCCAGACUCAGCUUCCUUCCUUUCAGGCAUUUGGCCUUGGGGAGGGAGGGGCCUUGGAAGGAGGAGGGUGCUCCUGGGCCCAGAGUGGGACAGAGGUUUCCUUGGAGAGAGGAAUUUUGCUGCGUGCCAAGAUGUGGGCUGGAGCCACCAAGGCCUCUUGAGACAGUGAAGAGAAUACCUAGCUUUGCUCUGAGGACUGGGGAGAGGGCCAUCUUCAAGGCCAAGACUAUUUUCAAAGGAGAAAGAACUGGAUGCCUGGUCAAGCCUGGGGCUUGGCAAGAACCUCCUUCCUCCUUCUCAGAGGGGCUUAGAGCAAGGCUGCAGCUCAGAGAAUCCACUCUGCCUGCUCUAACCCAGACUCUUGCUCCCACUCCUACCUCAUCUCCAGUGCUUCCGGGGAGUGCCAUGGACUCAGCAACCAAGGAUGAAAUGCAGCCCUCACUUCCCCCUGGGUCUUCCUGCCCAGGGCCUGAGUGGCCAGAGCAAGAGAGGGCGGAGCAGCUGGCCAGAGGAGCAGCACUCAAAUGGGCCUCGGGCAUCUUCUACCGGCCAGAGCAGCUGGCCAGGCUGGGCCAGUACCGCAGCCGUGAAGUUCAACGUACCUGUUCCCUGGAAGCACGCAUUAAGUCGGUGGUGCAGUCCUACCUGGAGGGCGUGAAGACUGGUGUGUGGCAGCUGGCCCAGGCUUUUGAGGCUGUGCAGGGAACCCGUGAGGCCCUAGACCAGGCCCAUGGGUUGCUCCAGGGUAUGGCGGAGGCCACAGAGACCCUAAAACCACUGCGAGAACAAGUUGCACAGCACAAGCAGCUGCAGGUCCUGUCACAGCUGCUGCCCCGGCUGCGGGCAGUGCCAGCUGCAGUGGCCCACACACGGACCCUGAUUGGUGCCCAGCGGCUCUUGGAGGCAUAUGUGUGCCUUCGGGAGCUGGAGCAGCUGCAAGAGGAGACGUGGGCACCUCUGGGGGGCCUGGAGUUGCCAGUCUUCGAGGGGUUGGGCCCUCUAGCUGAGGCAUUGGGCCAGGCUGUGGAGGCGGCUGCGGGGGUGGCAGGGCGGCUGGCACGGGAGGACCCAGCCUUGCUGGUGGCUGCUGUGCGUGUGGCAGAGGUGGAUGCUAGGCACACAACCUCCCUGGAGCUGCCCCCCCGGGACUGGCGGCGGCGCUGUCUGCAGGCACUGCAGGAGGGCCUGGAGAGGACCCACUUUGGGACACCUCUGCUGCUUGAGCCAGGGGCCUUGGCAGGGUGGCUGGAGGCUCUGCGCGUGGCUCUACCAGCUGAGUUGGCCACAGCUGAAGCACUAGUAGCACCCUGCUGCCCACCACACUACAAGGUGGUCCGGCUCUGGGCCCACACCCUGCACAGUGGACUGCGUCGCUGCCUGCAGCAACUGCUGGAAGGGCCUAAGCUAGGAGCUGCUGACGCCUUCGCCUUACUGCAUUGGACACUGCAUGUGUACCUGGGGCCAGAAAUGAUGGGGAGCCUGGAGUUGGGGCCUGAGGCUGAUGUGUCUCAGCUGGAGCCCCUCCUGACCCCGGAGAACAUUGAACAGCUGGAGGCAAUGUUUGUGACCCAAAUCCAGGUUAAUGUGGCCCAGUGGCUUCAGAAGGCACUGGAUGGGGAGGUAGCUGAGUGGAACCGAGAGCAGGAACCUGGCACAGACUCUUCUGGCUUCUAUCACUCACCUUUGCCGGCCAUAGUGCUCCAGAUCCUGGAAGAGAACAUUCGCGUGACCAGCCUGGUCAGUGAGUCACUGCAGCGGCGGAUGCAUGGCAUGGCGCUGUCAGAACUGGGCACAUUCCUGAGGAGCUUUAGUGAUGCUCUGAUCCGAUUCUCCCGAGACCACAUCAGGGGGGAUGCAAUGGCUCCUCAUUACGUGCCCUACCUACUGGCCACCCUCAACUACCAGUCAGCACUCAGCUCCUCCGUGUCCGUCCUGCAGCCCGACGGGGCGGCGUCAGGAGACUUGGCUCCGGUGGAGGCAGGGCUGGACGAGUUGCAGAGGAGGAUCUGCCGCCUGGUGUUGGAGGCGCUGCUGGCAGAGCUCCAGCCCCUGUUCGAAGCUCUGCCCUCGCGCCGGUGGCUGUCGAGCCCAGAGCUGCUGGACGAUGUAUGCGAGCGGACGGUGCGCUUCUGCCAGGAUUUCAGGCGAGUGCGGAAUCCUGCAGUCCAGCUUCUCCUGGCUGAGGCGGAGCGCACGGUGGUACUGCAGUACCUACGUGCGUUGAUGCAGGGCCGCCUAGUGUGCCGAGGAGCCGACGAGAGGAUCCAGGCAGCGCAGCGCCUGCAGAACGAUGCGGCCCAGCUUCGGGAGCUUUUCCUUGGUUUGGGCCUGGAGGAGAGUGUUCAGUGCGCACCGGUGCUCCUCUCUCUGCGGGAUCUACUGAACCUCCGUGACCCCAUGCUGCUCGGCCUCGAGGUGGCAGGCCUACGACAAAAAUUUCCCGACGUGAGCGAGGAUCAUGUCUCUGCCCUCCUGGACCUGCGCGGGGAUGUGUCCCGAGAGCAGCGCCUGGCCGCACUCAGCUCCCUGCAGGCCGGCCCACAGCCCUCUCUCUCUGCGGGUCACCGCGCACUCUUUAGCCUCGUGCCAGUACCUACUCCUGCGCUGUCCUCCUGCCUUCCCUCCGGGCCCUGUGCCUGACGCCCGGCUGCCCCCGGAAUACAGCCACAGCCCCUGGAUGUCUGAAUUGUGUAUUGGGGAAGGGGGAUGAAAUAAAAGUGUAAAGACUA